UCUAAAAUACGAUUGUCUUUUAUUCGAACACAUGUUGAAAACGUUAGAAGGGAAGAAGUUUAUCAAGAUGCAAUAAAGCUCUUUAAAUUAUUUGUUACGUUCUAGAAAGAAUUGGUUAAUAAGUAGUACGGUUAUGAUGGAUCCUUUUUGGCGUAGCUACGCUUGGUAUUUUGUGGCCCUGGUGGGAAUACUGUGGAUGGCUGGACAUCAUUGGAAAAUCCCAAAGCAAAGAUGGCCCCCAUAAGCGACAAAGUAAAGAAAAGCUGUGGGCGCACCCCAGGAGGCAGAAAUAUAUUUCUGGUCAACAAUGGUCAAACUAUAAGGAUGCAGGGAACUCAGCCUCCUGCUGUGCCAUCCAAACUGGAUGAAGCUGCUUCAUUUCCAUCAACCAAAGGAAGAAAAGUCAAGAAAUAUUGGAGGAAACCUACAAAAAUGUUGCAUCAGAAACCCUCCAGAGGGCAUAAAUUUUAUGGAGUUUCAUCUUCAAAGAAAUUAAAUUCAAAAUAUGGUAAUGCAUCACGGGGGGUUGAUGAACAAGGAGGCAAUGAAAGUGAUGUAAUUCAUGAAGAUGUUGGAGUCACUAUUGAGAGCAUUAAUGAGUUGGGAGAAUUUGUUGAGGAUGGCAUUACAAUGAAGGUUGUGGAUAACUGCACUCUUGAUAUCAAUGCUGAGCAGAUGUCUGCCGAUGAAAGCUUUAAUGCAGCAAAUAUUGCUGGAAAGAAAUCCAAGAAUGGAAAUUGUGUUACAGAAAAUGUCUGCAGUGAUGAUGACAUCUCUAAUACUGACCAACCUCAAAUUGCUGAAGAUUAUGCAUCUGAAGAGGAAGUAUCACAACAUGGAACCUUCAUGAAGCAGGAAGUACUUGAUGCCUCACAAGAAUUAUUUUUUGCUGAGCCUGAAUGUCAACUUUUGAUAAAGAAAGAGUGGAUUCCCCAAGAAGGAGAGGAACAAGAGGUAACAGCAACCACUUCACAGCCCUACUCAUCACCCUCCAUGUUUGCAGAGACAAUUGUCAAGCAAGAACAUACAUUGGAAGAAGAACAAUUAGUUGAAGAUUCUGACAAUAAUUCUUUACAGCUCAUCCAUCUUUAUGUAGGAGAUAACGGGCUAGUGGAAGAUGCACCUGCUAGUGAGCCUGCUGGCCAACUGCUGCAGUCUCCUCAAUUCCUUCUAGAUGACCAGAAGCUGACACUCUCGCCUGUGACGUUCUUGUCUGCAGGCACAGCUCACAAUUCUACAGCAUCAUCUCAAAGUUGUGCUCUGCUGCCUCGUGAUCCUACUGCAUCAUCUCAACUUAAUUCUGUGUUAGCUCAUGCUGAUAUUGAAUCCGCAAUAAGUAUGGACGAUUUCAACGCCUUGAAGAAACUGAAUGGAGCCUCCCUUUCUAAUUCAGCACUGUCAUUACAUAUGCCAUGUCCAGAGAUGCCCAUGGAAGUAGCGUCUUCAGCUACUGUUACUACACAUGUUAGUUCAGCUUCCAAGACCUCUGUGCCAUCUACUUGUAAAACUGUUAUUAGUAAUUCAUCUUAUACUUCUGGCGACUCAGCUAUACCUAGCUCAUCAACUGUGAUUACAAAUUCUAAAAUCAGCUUAGCUUCUCAUCCAAAACCAGCUAGGAAAAUUACAAUUCGUUCAAUCCAGCGAACACCAACAUCUAAUGAAACUGCCUCAAAGCUCUUUGUGUCCAGAGAAGUCAAGUCUUCAGUUGCCUCCAAAAUGUGCCAAACAAAUGAGACUGGCUCUCAAAGCAGCGUAGCCAAAGCCAUCAAUGUAAUGCCUCCAACUCUUGAAUCUAUUGACGGACCUGCUUUGGAAGGCUCUACAAAGAGGCUGGAUAUGACAAAAGACCAUAUCAAAACUGCAGGACAGCAUUCUGUUCCCAAGGUUUCAAUGAUACCCAAUACUCGCCAGGAUCGACAUGGCAAUGCUUCUCGCGGUCAAUCGGGCCGUGGUUAUACAAAGGUAGACAAGGAAGACCCGCGCAGCCGUUUGCACUAUGUCAAGUACAUGAAGAAAGACGGCAAGACUAUCAAGAAGUGGGAGUGUGGCAUGUGUGGCCGGGAGUUCAUCCACCAGUAUACUCUGAUGCGGCAUCUUCCCACUCACACUGAUGAACGAAACUUCCAUUGUGAUGAAUGUGGCAAAUCUUUUCGUCAGAUGAGCACCUUAUCGCAACACAGGUCAACUCACUCACAGUUCCGGCCAUACGUUUGUGAUGUUUGCCAAAAAACCUUCACUCGCGUUUCAACUCUUAUCUCUCACAAGAAACUGCAUGAUGGUGUCAAGCCACAUGUAUGUCAUGUCUGUGGCAAGGCUUUUCAUCAGAAAGGUAAUUUGAAAAACCACAUGUUUAUCCACACCAACGAGAGACCUUACAAGUGUCACCAAUGUGGUCGAGGCUUUAACCAAGCAUCCAACCUUCACUCUCACAAAAUUCGGGCGCACAGUGAUAACAGUCCUUUAGUUUUAUCACCUGCUGAGCUAGCUCGUGUCCAGUCUUUGUCAGACUCAAUUGCAUCAACACUAGGUCAUCAAAACCCAGAACCUCCUCCUCCCCCUCUUCAGUGUCCUCAGUGUCCCCUAACAUUCGGCAACAGAGCAACAAUGAAACGUCAUGAGAUAUCAGCGCACUCAAAGUAUCAACAACUUAUGCCAAAGAAGCCAGGAAGAAUGUCUUCUAUGACCACAUCAAGCAAUGUCACCAGUGCUAAGCGAUGCAAAGUUGGUAGCGUGCGCAUGGUGGAAGUCCCUGGUGGAGAUGAGGCCUUCCAGCAGUUGUUGCAGGGCGGACGCUCAUCUGAUCAAACAGAUCAAUUUUUGGCAGAUGAUCUCACGUCUGUGCUCCGUCUUUCUCGCCCUGCUCGCUCAGGUUUACUCAUUCCAGCAAUCCGCACAGCCGCUCUGGCAUCUGUAGUAGCGUCAGGUAAAACUCCCUUUGCUUUAUUAAAGCCUGCGGUUUCAGCACCUGUCGUUGUGCGGGUGGCGCUGAUCUCUCAGACUCAACACGCUCUCCUUCCUGCCACUGCCGCACAGCUUCGAGAGGCAAGUCAGUUCAGCGUGGCUGGCCGAGGCGUUUCUACUAAAGCUGUUCAAAUCAAAAUUCCUGUUGUGGCAACCGUAGUAGAAAAGCUUUCAGCUUCGGGAGAAGCUUCAAUUGAAAUUUUAGCGCCUGACAAUGAAGUGCCAUCACCAUCUGUGAAACCUAAAGUAGAAGCCUCAGUGUCGUCCACGUCUGUGAGGUCAAACGUCCGCACGCUAAUCGCAGCACCUAACAACAGCAACCUGCUUGCUAAUGUGCGUGCGAGCAUCAACACCAUCACACCAAGAGUCGUACCUACAAGCCAUGCCACUCAAAUGACUAGAGAAUACGUCGGUGUAGACGCUGCUGAGCUGCCAUCUGGAGUUCUCACUUCCCAACUUGGCUCUCAAGAUUUAGUUAUUGAGCCUGAUAUGAUGGUCGAGAGUGUGGGAGACGUAGUGCUGGAGAACUCUGAGGAUGUUUGUUCGUCGUCUGUCCCGGAGCUGUUGGAGGAGGGGCAGCUGGUGCUGGAGGCGUACGCCGGCGAGGGAGGCUCGAGUAACGACCUCGUGCAGUACCAGCACCAGCAGGAGCACCACGUCCAUCUACUUGACUUGGUCAAUGACCAACACCAGCAGUUGUCUGAGCCUGGCGUGCGCUACCUGUGUGCUACAGGCACUCCUGGGGAGUUCGAGAUGGUCGCUCCUGACGACCCCAGGCUCUCCCACAUCGUCGACCACCUCGGCCGCCUCCAGCCUGUCACCCAGCAGCAUCAGAUUGUGAGCGAAGAAUCGGCUGACGUUGGCAGUGCUCUAGCCUCCCUGACGUCAGCCGGCCAUGAGGACCCCACCUCGCUGACUGCAGAGGGUGGAGACGAAGGAGCGCAGUUCUCGCUGUCCAAUGUUAACAACUCCUGCAGGAUAACACUCACUGACAGCGGCAGCCUCACCAUCGAGAGCGCCGGAGGUUCUGUUUCUGUUGGUGGUGACGGAACGUCGAUGGCCGUCGAGAACAUCGCUGCUAUCAUCGGCGCUCUGCAGCGCGCAGGCUUACCUGUUCAGCUCCAGUCCAACACUAGCGCUGAUCCAGCCUCACACAGCCACAUGGAUGUGGCGGAUGAUUUAGCAAUUGGAGAUGAAGGAAGCUCUAGUGCCGCCGGCCGUGAGGCUGACUGCAGCCACAUGGCUGUAGACGAGGAUGACAGCCACAUGGCUGUGGAUGAGAACGUGGCUGAUCAAAAUUUCCUGCCCUCCAGUGCGGUGCCGGAGCUCGUCGAGGAUGCUGCGCAUGCUAUGCUCAUGGCCGAAGAAAGCGUCAUCACGCAUCCAGACCUGGGGCCGGACGAUCAACACGACGUGUAGCGUACAUCUGUGAACUCUCCAACGAGUCGUGGCCGUACCUAAUGUUGAAUUUGUUAUUUGCAUUGAUACACUCAAUAUUAUGUUAUUUUCUCCUCUGUUUACCAAGUAUCUGUCAUUAAAAUUGAAAAAUAAUUGCUUGAGUCAUAUGUCAAAGCGACUACCGUCAAUAAUGAGGUUUUCUUUUAACGUCAUUUUUAUUAAGGUAAUAGUUGCGUUAGGUACGUUUCCUCGUGACAGUUUUGAGUGAUCAUAUUUGUAAUUACUUCAUGAUCCAUUAUUCCUUUCUCUACUAACACAACGACGGCUAAUUGCUCCAUUAGUCAUUUUGUUUUUGCUUCUUACUGAGUAAAUUAAUAAGAGCUCUAAAGGGUUCAACCAUUCAUGGAAAAAAUUUCCAACAAAUGCUUGACUUGAACAACGCAUUACAGGAAGCGCAGUGGGGGGCGAUAACUUGGCCAUCCCCGGAAAUAUUAUUCGUUUUUUUUUUUCUUGCUUAGGUCGAACGUAUGUCGUUUCACUAGGAAAGUCGCAGUUACCUUGAGGCUACUGAGGCGUGAUUAAAUGUCUUUUUAAUGCUGGGAAAUAUUAUUUUACGAACGGCCUGAAAUUAUUAUAUAAAAAUUAGAUUUGGUACUGAAAUUCAAUAUGACUUUGCAGAUUAAAUCCUGUCAUGCUAUAAGUAAUUGUUUGUACUAAAUCCGAGUGGCUGAGUGUGGACAUAUAGUGAGUGGCAUCGUGCGGUGGCCUGCCGUUAAUUUAAUGGCAAAUCGCACAAUUUUUUUCUGCUUUAUGGUUGAGGCCUACAUUUGCCGCCAGGGUUUGAAGGCUGAAAAGACUGAUGGCACACAUUGUUACUUUUAAAGACGAGAACAAUCCGUGGGAUAAAACUGGGCUAAAAAAACUACUUAUUCCGGGUUAAAGUUAUUGAAAAUAACGAAGUUUAAUGUCCUAAAAUGUGUGCUGCAUAUUAAGUUAGCAAUGCAACGGACACAUUAAUGAAGAAUUCGCUUACAUUCCCAAUGGCUUAUUUUCGAGUCAAAUUCUCCAUGGCAACGAAUUAUUAUAAAAAUAUAAUGAUUUUGAUGCAAGACUAAACUUUAUUCAUGCUGUAUAUGUGUAUUAAUGUCGCAAAAUUAGUUAUUGAUGACAUCAAGGGUCCAUGCAAUGAAGUAUCUUCCCUUUAAGUUGGCAGGACAUCGUUAUGUUCGUUUAUGGUGUGAUGAUGUUCCAAUAUUUUCAUUCAAUGCAUCCCACAAAUCUCAUUUCAAACAUUGGAUUUUCAAUGGGGCAAUUUAUGUCUUAUAUGGGGCCAGGGGCCAUUAAGAUCAUUUACCAGUCAUUUUCUGCUGUUGCGAGUCGAAAUGUUCAUUUAUAUUGCCUUCUUUUUCUUUACGUUUGGCAAUUUUGGAAGAAUUUUUGAAAAAUUAUCGGAAUAAGUUCAUUGUGGCUUAGAAUUUUAUUUCAUAGUACUCGGUUCGUGUACUGAAUAGUUUGUCUAUAUUUUAUGAGCGAUUUCGUCGAAAUUUUUGCAGGAACUCGAGCCACAGAAUGCUCGUUGAUGCAUCAACACGUAUCUCAUCAGUAAGGAUUAGCAUUAAAAUGCACUAUUUACGAAAAAACUCGAAUAAUUCUAUAUAAAUAUUUUCCAUCAGUAGGUAUAACAUAACCGUUCCAUAUGUAACAACCUCAGUAAUGUACCAAGUUUACAGGCAAGUCGUUCGGGCCAGCAUCUCGCGACAAACCGUUAUGCCUUUAACGAUAUUCCUACCUGCAUCUCUUGCUGACUUUUCAACGAACAGCUCUUGACCGUUGUUCAGCGUCGUAUAUUUAACGUUUAAACUAAUGCUGUCCCUACCUGGAUUAUAGAUCUAUCAUUCUAAUGCUGCUUUUAACGUAAUAAGCGGACGGUGAAAAGUUUUCAACUAUCAGUGCUGUUUCGUGCACAUUUCGUGCUUUAAAACUCGCAUAAUGUAAUAGUUAGCGGCCGAUUUAUCCAAUGUUAUUGGUGUGCUCAACAUAAAAAGCCGUCAGUAAUUGGCUGACGAAUUCGUAUUUAUCUAUGAUAAUACGUACAGCAUCUGUUCGUCACGUCUAUGAUCGUGAGGAAGUUAAUUAAAAUAUAUAUAUAUAUCCGUUUGCGCCUUGCUGUACGGAAUAAUGUAUUGUCUUUACACUUUUUUUUUUCUGCCUCGUAUGGGUUGUCAGUGACGAACUUUAUUUUUUGACUUUAACUUUAUUUUUUUUGCUCGUAUUUUCUGUUUUGAUUUUAUAAUUAACUUUCAGCUGAAAUGGAAGAUUCUUGAUUAUAGUGAGUAAUACUUUAAUAAUUUAUGUUCG